AUGACACAGGACUACGACAAUAAAAGACCCGUGUUGGUUCUUCAGAAUGACUCUCUCUACUCUCAGAGACGUCCUUACACCAAUGAAGAUGAGGCCUGGAAAACUUUUCUUGAAAAUCCCCUCACAGCAGCUACCAAAGCUAUGAUGAGCAUCAAUGGGGAUGAAGACAGUGCAGCUGCCCUCGGACUGCUCUAUGAUUACUACAAGGUUCCAAGGGAGAGGAGAUCUUCAACAGCUAAGCCUGAGGUAGAACAUCCUGAACAAGACCACAGCAAAAGGAACAGCAUCCCAAACGUGACAGAACAGUCGCUCAUUUCUGCUGGAGAAAACAGGGUCCAGGUUCUGAAAAAUGUGCCUUUCAAUAUCGUACUUCCACAUACGCCCCAGAUGGGCAUGGACAAGCGAGGCCACCUCACGACCCCUGACACGACGGUCACGGUUUCGAUUGCCACGAUGCCCACGCAUUCCAUCAAAACGGAGACGCAGCCCCACGGCUUUGCCGUGGGCAUCCCGCCGAGCGUGUACCACCCCGAGCCGCCCGAGCGCGUGGUGGUCUUCGACAGGAACCUCAAUCCCGACCAGUUCAGUUCCAGCACCCAGCCUCAGAACUCCCAGAGGAGAACGCCAGACUCCACCUUCUCGGAGACUUUCAAGGAGGGUGUGCAAGAGGUUUUCUUUCCUACUGAACUGAAUCUCCGAAUGGCCAACAUGAAUUCAGAAGAUUAUGUUUUUGACAGCAUUUCUGGGAAUAACUUCGAAUACACUCUGGAAGCCUCCAAGUCCCUCCGACAGAAGCCUGGGGACAGCACAAUGACUUACCUGAAUAAAGGUCAAUUUUACCCAAUCACGCUGAAAGAAGUCAGCAGCACUGAAGGAAUCCAUCACCCCAUCAGUAAAGUCCGAAGUGUCAUUAUGGUUGUGUUUGCUGAAGACAAAACAAGGGAAGAUCAGCUCAGGCACUGGAAAUACUGGCAUUCAAGACAGCACACAGCCAAACAAAGAUGCAUUGACAUAGCUGACUACAAGGAGAGCUUCAACACCAUCAGCAACAUUGAGGAGAUCGCAUACAAUGCCAUAUCCUUCACCUGGGACAUCAACGAGGAAGCAAAGGUUUUCAUUUCUGUGAACUGCCUCAGCACAGAUUUUUCCUCUCAGAAGGGAGUUAAAGGCCUGCCCCUGAAUCUUCAGAUUGACACUUACAGCUACAAUAACAGGAGUAACAAACCUGUCCACAGAGCCUACUGCCAAAUUAAAGUCUUCUGUGACAAGGGAGCAGAGAGGAAGAUCAGGGAUGAAGAGCGAAAGCAAAGCAAAAGAAAAGUUUCUGAUGUCAAAGUGCCCAUGCUUCCCUCGCACAAACGUACUGACAUCACCAUCUUCAAGCCCUUCAUGGACCUAGACACUCAGCCUGUCCUGUUCAUCCCUGAUGUUCACUUUGCCAACCUGCAGCGUGGGGCUCACGUCCUUCCUGUUGCUUCAGAAGAACUAGAGGGUGAAAGCUCCAACCUGAAGAGAGGAGCUUAUAUUGGUGAAGAGGACUUCAUUGCUACUCCAAAUAAGAUGGCCAGAAUAGAAGAGCCAAAAAGAGUGUUGCUGUAUGUCCGAAAAGAGUCAGAGGAAGUGUUUGAUGCACUAAUGUUGAAGACACCAUCUCUGAAAGGCCUGAUGGAAGCGAUAUCUGACAAGUAUGAUGUUCCUUUUGAUAAAAUAGGAAAAAUCUUCAAAAAGUGUAAAAAAGGAAUUCUGGUCAACAUGGAUGAUAACAUUGUGAAACACUAUUCUAAUGAAGAUACCUUCCAGCUGCAGAUUGAAGAGGUUGGAGGAUCUUACAAGCUGACUUUGACUGAGAUCUAA